AUGUCAUUCGCAACGGGUGAAAAACUCUUCGUUCGCAAGAUAGAAGAGAGAGCUCGCUUGACACCCACCAACAUCUUCGCGCGCGUCCCGCUCAACGAUUGGGAAAGAGACGGCUACCGCUCCAUUACGUGGAAGCAGUACAACGACGGCAUCAAUAAGAUCGCCCACUGGCUGGACAAGACGCUCGGCAAGUCGGUGGACAAUGAUACCGUGUCAUACUUCGGGUCCAAUGACAUCCGCUACGCCUUUGUCUUUGCUGCGCUGAAUAAGACUAGCCGUAAGCUGCUCACCCCUGAUGGCCGCCUCAUGAAACCCGCACUGCACGACCUCCUGUCGGCGUCCAACUGUAAAGCAUGGCUGUACACUGAGGACGAGAUCGCGGCGCAGACGCCGUUUGAUUUGGAAGAAACCGGAAUCGCACUGCACGCCUUCCCAUCCCUGGAAUGGUGUCUUGACGCUGAGGACACCGCGCCGUACCUCUACACCAAGACCUACGAUGAGCACAAAUGGGAAGACGUUCUCAUCAUCCACACCUCCGGCACAACCGGCCCGCCGAAGCCCAUUUAUAUGAACAACGGCUUCUGGGCGGCGGCCUGCGCAUGGAGGCAACUGGCCAAGAAGAACUGGCCCAGGGCGAUUUGCACCGAGGUCCUGCAGGGUAGGAGUCUGAUCCUGGCCUGCCCCAUGCGUUGGAACUCGGGGCUGAUCCUAACAAACUCGUUUGGUGUGUUUGCCAACACCUGCUGCGUGCUUCCUCCGGCCGAUGCCGUCGGCCUGCCGCCGGCCAUGUUCGAUAAGCUCACCAAGCUCAACCACGUCGACGGCCUGGUGGCGACGCCGUUUACCGUUGUCGAGCUGUUCAACGACGCCACGACCCGCCCAACACUCCAGUCCCUCGAGUUCGUUAUGUACCUCGGCGCACGGCUUGACAAGGUCGUCGGCGAUGCGCUCGUGCAGCACACGCGCCUCGGGUCCGUCAUCGGCGCCACCGAGACCGGCGGGCGCUUCUCGUUCGUGCCGCGGGGAAAGAAGUUCUGGUACACGUACGACUUCAUCCCCGAGGCGCACGUGCGGCUCGUCUCGAUCGACAAGUCGGGGCUGCCGACCAACGCUACCGACGACGCCAGCGUGCACCGCAUGUUCAUUGACCGGCCGGAGGGGGAGGCUAGGGAUUACAUGUGCGCUUUCUGGAACACCAGGAUGUAUGACGGGGUUGAUACGAUCGACACCAAGGAGCUUUGGCGGCCGGUCGACUGCGACGGGGAGCGCAGGUGGGAGUUCUUCGCGCGAGCCGACGACUCGGUCAAGCUCUUCGGCGGCGUGUCCUUCGACGCGGCCGAGUUUGAGACGCCGAUCCAGAGGCACCCCGGCGUUAGGCUCGCAUUUGUCGGGGGUGCUGGCCGACCGGCGCCCUUCGUCAUCCUGGACAUGUACGACGAUGCCGUGCGUGGACGGCACAGGGGAGAUGUCGCGAGGGAGAUCUGGGAAACGGUCAUCGAACCGCUGAACCGCCAGGUUGUCAAGGAGAUCCAGAUCCCAUCGGAGACGGUCUUUUUGACGGUGGAGGGGCGUCCUUUGCCGUUGAGCAUCAAGCAGCUUGUCCGGCGGACCAAGGCCGAGGAGGAGUACAAGACCGAGAUCGAAGCGGCGUACGCGAGGUUGAACGAGGGGCAGGAUAGCCGGGAGAAAUUUGCCGAGUUUAUGAAGUAA